AUGAGCCCGGUCGCAAGAUCGAAUCUGCGACACACAUCCGACACGAAGACAAUCAAGGUCGGGUGUCGAAAGAUUUUCGUCAAUCGCCGACUGAAUCCAGUCAUGAGCCGCUCUCAGCCCGACAGUGAUUAUGAGCCAGAGGAGGAUGAGGAGGAUGAGGAUGAGACCGUCACCACUGUUCGUCGCAGCAAGCGUGCGAAGACCAUGCCAGACUACAAGGACAGAAUUGGCACGCCAAGACAUGUAUCAAUGGACGAGAUGUUGACCGAUAUGACUAAUCUCAAGAAGAAACGAGGCCAGCCUGCGCUAUUGGACCGUGAGAGAUGGAUGAUCGUCUACUGUUACACACGUGUUCGCUACAAUCGGGCACGCGACCGAGAACAACGCAAAGCAAAGGGUGGCCGUAAACCGAAGGAGGAUUCCGGUCAAGAAGUGGCGGACCUGCUUGGGGUGUCUCGCUCAACUGUGAACGAGGUCAUCGCGGCUUGGAACCGAUGCAAGAAGUCUGGAACCUACGACAUACUGGAUGGCCAAGGCAGCAAGCGAGGCCAGCACACGAAGCACACGCGCAUCCCCUGUACCAACGAGACUCUGCGGCUUGUGCGCGACUUUGUGACGGACCGAAGGACCGAGCACACAAUCGUCACUGCAACAGAGGUUCUCGACAUGCUCCGCAAGAGGGCGAUUGUGAAGGUGGUAAAGGAUAUCGUCACGGGUGAUGACGACGAGAAGGCUCUCGCCAGCGCCAAGCGUGCGACACAACGCUUCCUCGUGCGCGCCGGGUACAUCAGAGGAAAGACUGGCCGUUCAGACGAAGCAGCACGCCCAAGCACCCACGUGCUCGAGUGGCUGACAAACUACCUCAAGGUUCUCCUGGAUAAUCGGAAGCUUCCACCAGAGCAACAGCUGCGCGAGGUGUAUCUUGACGAAUCAUACGUGAACUGCACCCACAACUUCACGACGCAUUCUCUGAUGCAUCCCGUCCACCACGCAAACAUUGGCCAAAAGAAGAUUAAGGACGGCAGGCGCUACUGCUUUUGCCUCGCCAUCCAGAACAGUGACCCUCGUGUGGUAGCUGGCGAAGCAGACGCAUCAGAUGGGUGGGCGCAUCUUGCGGGUGUUGUCCCGGGUACAGAGUGGGUCUUCGAUCCAUCCGCUGGAGCACGCAAGGAGAAGCGGGACCAGUCCAAGCAGACCACAACCGAGACAGCUGCUGCUUCUUCAGAUGCAGCAUCGAAGACAGACACGCCAAAAGGCAAGCGGACCUCGAAGGGCAAGAUCAGCAACCCUCACGUAGGCGACUAUCACAAGGUGUUCAACAAAACCAACUUCAAGAAGUGGUGGAAGUACCAGCUUCUCCCCAACCUGAAGCAGCCCUCACUGAUCAUCAUGGACAACGCGGCUUACCACAAGGGCUACCCACCCAAGACACCAGACCCCAACACGAUGAAGAAAGCACAACUGCUCGCUUUUCUGUUGUCCCCUGAUCCCAACAAGGUCACAGCGCAAGCGAGCACGCAGGCUGAUGGUGGGGACGACGACGGAGACAGUGCUAGCGACCAGAGUGGCAACCACAGCUUCCUUUCUACCACAUCCACAGAUCCAGAUGGCCUCUCUUCUCAUCAGCGACAAAUGGCUCGGGUUCCUUUGGCUUCCCGCGUACAUCAUUGCGAUACGCUGAGGAGGAUGGCGCGGGACUGGCUCAAGGCACACGUGAAGCCUGAGCUUGUUGCGCUGGCUGAGGAACAGGGGCACACUGUUGUGUUUACACCACCGCGCUACUCCGACUUGCAACCCAUCGAACUUGUUUGGGCCUACAUCAAGAACCGCAUUGCCCGUCAGUAUUCCAAAGGAACGAAGUUUAAGGAAGUCGGCGAGCGACUGCGAGCAGAGAUCGUUGAGCUGUCGGAAGACCGUGGGCACCACAAGCGAGGAGGACGAACCCUCAUUCAAGCAAUCAUCGACCGCACAGAUCGCGCCAUUGCUGAGCAUUGGAAGCGGGCGUGCGCCUUUCAAUCAGAUGCACGGCAGCAGCAGCAGCAGCAGCAACAACAACAACAACAACAACAACAACAACAACAACAACAACAACAACAACAACAGCAGCAGCAGCAGAAGAAGAAGAAGAAGGAGCGGCUAUGCUCGAACCUGCCCUGA